AUAGGGAUCAUAUUAUCAGUAGACUUGUACGGCCGCAACUAUUUAAGCACACAGCGGCGUGCACCGUUGACUUGAACGGAUUAGCUGGUUUCAAUAUUAUUGCAUCAAAAGCGACCGCGCAAUAAUAUUACAUUAAGUAAUCAACGUGCGUGUAGUUUUAAGUUUUGUCUCUACAUUAAUCACGAGAAUUCAAAAAUAAAUAUUUAAGUCAAGUUUCAUCGUGAUUUUCAAUUCGAUAAUCUUCACGUGGAUCUUUUCAAUGUUGAUCUUAUUUACAAUCGAUACGAUGCAUUUGUGAUUAGAUCUUAGCCGUCUUCAUUGAAUAUAAGUGACAACAACACUAGUGUCAAAGAAAUACCGACUGCCAGACAUUCAGUGGAAGUCACUAGACAUGGCACGUGACACUCCAGAUGAAAAGGUUUCGCUGGAGUUGGUAACUCCUGGUUAUGUAAAACGAGGGUCGAUAGUUAGCAAUAGAUUUAUAGAUUUAAUUGUAGACGGACAACAUACUGACCAUUCAAAUAUUACCAUCCAUAAACCAAUAAAACUCAAAAAUUACUCAGCUAAAGCAGAAGUUUUUGAUACUUUACACCAAAAUUCUAAACAGGCAGCUUCAGCUUCAUGCACUCACCAAGUAUGUAUGGGUAGUGUAAUGUACCCAAUAUCAUAUCCAAAUUCAUUAGUCAAACCAAAACACGAAGUAUUGAAAUUAGCAGAUGAUUUUUUAAAUCAAUAUUUUGCUUCAAUUAAAAGAUCCAAUAGUCCAGCACAUACUGCAAGAUGGGAACAAGUUCAACAAGAAGUCCUUUCAACUGGAACUUAUCAACUUACAGAAACUGAACUAGUUUUUGGUGCUAAAUUAGCCUGGAGAAAUGCAUCCAGAUGUAUAGGCCGUAUCCAAUGGGCAAAAUUACAAGUGUUCGAUUGUCGAUCAGUGACCACUACGAGUAGUAUGUUUGAAGCCAUUUGCAAUCACAUCAAAUACAGUACCAACAAGGGCAAUAUAAGAUCAGCAAUAACUGUAUUUCAGCAAAGGACUGAUGGUCGCCAUGAUUUUAGAGUUUGGAAUGCACAACUAAUUUCCUACGCUGGAUACAAACAACCUGACGGAACGUUUAUAGGUGAUCCUAUGAACGCAGAAUUCACCGAGGUUUGUAUGAAGUUGGGUUGGCGAGGUAAAGGAACAAAAUGGGAUUUAUUACCAUUGGUACUAUCAGCCAAUGGACACGAUCCAGAUUAUUUUGAUUUACCAAGAGAACUAAUUUUAGAAGUUAAACUUGUUCACCCUAGAUUUGAUUGGUUUGCUGAUCUUGGUCUACGGUGGUAUUGUCUUCCUGCAGUGUCCAGCAUGAUGUUUGAGUGCGGCGGUAUUCAAUUUACAGCGUGUCCAUUUAAUGGUUGGUAUAUGAGUACAGAAAUCGGAUGUAGGAACUUGUGUGAUACUUAUAGAUAUAAUGUUUUAGAUACAGUUUUAGAACAUAUGAGGAAUGAUGUAAAUCAUUAUGGGUUUUUAAAAAAAGACCGUGCUCUAGUAGAAGUUAAUUUAUCCGUAUUAUAUAGCUUUCAAUCGAACAACAUAACAAUUAUGGACCACCAUACAGCUUGUGAAUCGUUUAUGAAACACUAUGAUAACGAGUUAAGAACGAGGAAGGGUUGUCCGGCAGAUUGGGUGUGGAUUGUACCUCCAAUAUCCGGGUCAAUCACACCCGUAUUUCAUCAAGAAAUGGCCAACUACGAACUACAACCGACAUAUAGUUAUCAAGAAGCCGCAUGGAAAACGCAUGUUUGGAAAAAAGGACAAAAUCAGGGAAAAACAUCAAAAAAACAACGUAGAAAAUUUCACUUCAAACAAAUCGCUCGGGCGGUUAAAUUCACAUCAAAAUUAUUUGGACAAGCAUUAUCGCGAAGAAUAAAAGCAACAAUACUUUACGCUACAGAAACGGGAAGAUCAGAAAUAUAUGCUAAGAAAUUAGGCGAAAUAUUCGCGCAUGCAUUUCACUCUCAAGUGAUGAGCAUGGAAGAAUAUGAUAUGACAAGUAUUGAACACGAAGCAUUAUUGUUGGUCGUGGCAUCAACAUUUGGAAAUGGAGAUCCACCGGAAAAUGGUCAAGAAUUCGCUCAGCAGUUGUAUUCAUUAAAAAUGGAACAUGAAGUCAGCUAUUCUAAUAAACCUUUAAUAAUUAAAUCUUCACCACUUAGUUCAGCAUCAUUUAUUAAAGCAAAUAGUCUUUCCGAAAUUCAUUUUUCCGAAUUAAAUGAUUCUUUUAAUAAAGACUCUACGGAUAUCGACAAUUUUGGGCCUCUUGGGAAUGUAAGAAUACCAGUCACAAGUCAUUGGCUUCUUGAACCAAUGAUGAAAUGUUUUAGAUUUGCUGUUUUCGGGCUGGGUUCGAGUGCAUACCCAAACUUUUGCUCGUUUGGGUCUUAUGUCGACAAUCUAUUGAGCGAGCUAGGAGGAGAACAGUUAAUGAAGCUCGCAAAAGGCGACGAAAUGUGUGGUCAAGAACAAGCCUUUAAAAAAUGGGCUACCGAAGUUUUUCAUGUUGCUUGUGACACAUUUUGCUUAGACAUGGACGAGACUCUUAGCGAAGCGUCUCAAGUACUUCACAGUGAAAAAUUAUCUGCAUCAACAGUUCGUUUUGUUCACAUAGAAGAAGAAGACCUUCAUUCAGCAUACACUCGUUAUCAUAACAAAAAAGUGUGGCGUUGUAAAUUAAAUAAUAAGCAAAAUCUUAUGAGUAAUAGUGAGGAUAGUAGAAGUGACCGAGUGACAUUAUGGCUCGAGAUGAACGUGGAUGAAUGGAAAACAGUUGACAAAAACAUGUAUGAACCGGGAGACCAUGUUGGCAUGUUUGCAGAAAAUCGGUCAGAGCUCGUAAAUGGAAUAAUACAACAUUUAGGAACUGAUCAAGAUCCUGAUCAAGCAGUGGAGCUACAAAUACUCAAAGAAAAACAUACUUCAACCGGUGUGUUAAAAAAUUGGAUAGCGCACGAAAAACUUCCUAGAUGUUCACUUAGAACUUUACUAACACGUUUCUUAGAUAUUACCACUCCACCUUCGCCAAACAUGUUGCAGUUCUUAGCUUCUUUUGCCACCAAUCCUACCGAUUGCAAAAAACUCACCCACUUGGCGAUAGAUAGCUCAAGUUAUGAAGACUGGCGUCAUUGGCGAUUGCCUAAUCUCCUUGAAGUGUUCCAUGAAUUCCCAUCAGCAAAACCACCAGCCGCCUUACUCGUAGCACAACUUACGCCGUUACAACCAAGAUUUUAUAGUAUUUCAUCAGCAAGCCAAUUAUAUCCACAUCAAGUGCAUCUUACUGUCGCUGUUGUAACUUAUAGAACUCAAGGAGGAAAAGGACCUAUACACUACGGAGUUUGUUCUAAUUUCUUGUUGGAGACUAACAUGAAUGAUACACUGUACAUGUUUGUGCGAAGUGCCCCAAAUUUCCACUUGCCCAAGGACGUGACCAAACCUUUAAUAUUAGUGGGUCCAGGUACCGGUAUUGCGCCGUUUCGUGCAUUUUGGCAGCACAGAUAUGCUCAAAACAAAAAAGGAAAUGAUUAUAAAAUAGGCAGAGUCAUACUAUUUUUUGGUUGUCAGUACAGAUCACUGGAGUUGUACAAAUCCGAUAAAAAAACCAUGCUAGAAGAAGGUGUUUUGGAUAAAGUUUACUUAGCACUUUCCAGGGAACCAUCAAUACCAAAGACAUAUGUACAAGAUUUAAUGUUGAAAGAGUCAAAAAUGAUUUAUGAGCUGAUUGCUGUAGAGAGAGGACACUUUUACGUAUGUGGCGACUGCAAAAUGGCUGAAAACGUGUACCAGACACUUAAAUCCAUUAUUCAAGAACAAACUGGCAUGAAUUCUACACAGUCUGAUAACUUUAUGCUAGGACUACGGGACGAUAAUCGUUAUCACGAGGAUAUCUUCGGUAUAACGUUACGGACUGCAGAAGUACAUCACAAGUCUAGGGAAACUGCUCGAAUUCGAAUGGCAUCCGAAUCGGUUCCAUAACGUUCAAUUUGGCCUACUAUAGGCAACAUGUUAGCUAAAUCGAUAGCAACCAUUCAAGAAUUUAGAGAUAAAAAAUUGUAAAUAUUUUUGACUAUACACUUCGUACCUAUUAUCAACUUUGGUGAUUUUUAACCCGAACACGUAUUCUAUGGUCCGGGUGUUAACAUAGCUUAUACGUGUAUGUUUAUUUACGAUUACCAUACAUAGAUGUAGCAUAUAAUGUAUUUCUAUAUAUUUUAUUUAAAUCCCACACAAUGUCCUUCGCGUCUUUUAAGUGUUUACAUAAUGUUAUAAAAAUAUUAAAUUUAAAUCUGUCCCUGCCGAGUUUACAUUUGAAAUAACGUGUCUAAGUUUACACAACCAUUCGAUUCAAUUGAAUUUACCGACGAAACAUCAGUUCACAAUUUUUUCAUAUGAAUACCCUCUUCAGAAUACCGAAUACUAUCGAGUACAUAAUGCAUGCAAAAUUGGCACUAUUGUCCGUGAGAAGUCUACUUCAAAUUUAAAUCGAACACCAUUAAUGCACAUUACAGGUUAAAUACCUAUUUGCCAAAUCAAAUGAAAGUCAAAAAAUAGCAUAUAUUAUGAUUUAUUAAAUAGUUAACCUGUUUUAAUUUUAUUCGUUUUGCUCUUGUUAUAAAAUUUUUAUUCAGUAAUUAUAUUUUUGUUGUUAUGAAAUUCACUGCAUAAGUAAAAGAUUAUUAUUACCUCAACAUGAUCGUUUUAAUAAUUUCCUGGAAAAAAUAGAUACAUUAAUAAAGUAAACCAGUUAGCCAUUCUGUUUUUAAAUAAUAGAAUAUUGAACUAAUAUUUAAAAUAUUAGAAUACCAAUUUAAGACAAUAAUAUAUUCUCAUUUUUCUAAAAGUUUGCAAUUUUAUUAAAUAAAUUUAUAUAGUUACUUUAUAAAAUACUUAUAAUAAUAAUUAAUAAAUAUAAUUCUACUAAUUUUUUUAAAAUUUAUGAUGACUUUUGGUGUUUUUAUACUUGUAAAUUAAAUGUAAACACAACUAUAUCCGUUUGUUAUUUUAUUAAGUUAAAGAUGGAAUCUAAUUAUUUUUAUGUUUAGUAUUUGUGAUUAUAAUUAUUUCAACACGAUUUAAUAUUAGAUUUCACGAUUUUAACUAAAUUCUAUGUGUUUAUAUUAAAAUAAUUAUAGAGAUUUUAAAUGUUUCAAGAAAUUUAUAAAAAAAAAAAUUUACUCAACCUUAAUACAUAAAAUACAUUUUUUUUUAUUAAUAUUUUUAAAUCGCAUACCUUUAUGCAUAAUAAACUCUUAGCCAUUUAACUGUAUAGCAAUAAUCCAAAUAUCUUUUGACAACAGAGUCAUUGAUACCGUGACCAUAAGUCUUCCAGAUAAAAUUUAUUAUCAGCAACGGUAUAAAAUCUUAAUGUAAUAAAAUUUAAUAUAUCUUUUUUUAUUUAUUUAACAUAUUAUAUUGAACGUAGCUAUUGACUUAAAAAAAUAAACCAGUAGGGUGCAGUGAAUUUCUCAUUCAUGACCAGUAAUUAAGGUUUAGCCUGAGGAUGGAUGACUACUCAAGAAAUCCAACGGCAAUCACUAAGUAAAGUCAUUUAGGGUAAUAAUUUCUCAUGAAUGAAGUCUAUUUGUUUAACUUAACAAUUUCUGAAAUUUUAUGUUUUAUUUUAUAAAAAUACAUUCAAUAGAAGAUAAGAAGUAUAAACAUUUUAUCUAAAUUUAUUAUUUUUUAUUUUUACAAUAAUUUUGAAAUAAUAUUAGACUAAUACAAAACUUAAUAUGUUAAAAUAUAAUUAUAUACAUAAUAUGUAGAAAAUAUAUUAUAUAAUUGUAAUUAUUAUUAUUGUCUCUAUAAUUUCUAGCAUCAAAGUACUCAGGGUAAAUUUAUAUUAUUGGGAUCUACAUAUUUAAUGAAAUUUUUCAUAAAAACUAUAAAGAAACUAAAAUACUAUUAUGCUGCGUGUGGUAAAUAUUUGUCGAAAUAAUAUCCAUGUGAACUAAAACACAAAUAUUGAUCAUAAUUGAUAAAACGUCAAACGAAUUAAACUUUAAGGAAGUAAUCAUAGUACAUAGUUUGUAUCAAUUUAUUAUCUUUUUAUUCAAAAAAAAUAUUUUUAUCUUUUUCAAUUACUUGUUUAACUUUAGUUAAAUUGUAAAUCAUUGUUAUGUAUAAUUCUUUUUUCUGGUAUUACAUAUAUUUAAUUCUUGUUAUUAAAUUGUAAUUUAUCUUGUUAUA